UUUUUUCUUUGUUACAGAGUCUUUAUAUGUUUACUUCUUCCUCAUAUGUGCACCCAAAAUGGCUGUCUCUCCAAAGAGAAAUGUAUGGCAGAACCAGAGAGCUGCAACGUUUAAGCGACACACGUUGGUCAUGCCGAUUUCUAGCCCUACGUAAUAUCAUGGACACUCUACCUGCCCUUAAACGACUACUGCAAGAGAUUGCUCAAGAACGUCAUGGUGAAAGAACUGUUGAGGCCCGAGGUCUUCUUGCUCAAAUUGACCUAGAAUUUGUUGUGCAUCUUGUUACUCUGCGUAAGUUGUUUGGGGAGACAAAGCUAUUGUCUGACAUGUUACAGUCACAAACUGUUGAUCUGUCAAGUGCUGUUGACUUAGUAAAUGCUUUAGUCCUGACAUUGAAAGACCACAGGCAGGAGUCUUUCUUUGAUGAGUUGUGGGAUGAAGCAUUGAAUAUUUGUGAGCAGUGUGAUUCUGCAACAAGGUCAGUGGCGAAACGUCAGAAAAUGCUGAGCUCUAGACUCAGUGGCUACUGCACGCUAAGCACUGUUGGUCAGAGGGAGGUAGAACGUGACAAAGAUAUGUUUCUCACAUCAUUUUUCUAUCCUGUAAUUGACAGCAUGCUCAAUGAGUUGAACAGACGUUUCUCCAAUACAAACUGUGAGCUCAUGAGAAGCAUACAGUCUCUCAGUCCCCAGAGUGAUACCUUUUUAAAGGAGAGCAAUGUUUUUUCAUUUGGCCGUUUGUAUAAUGCAGACAUUGAUGAUUUAGGGCAUGAGCUCCAUCAAUUUAAGAGAGUUUUGGACAGAAAAAUACAGAGUGGUGAAGUCAAAAAGCCAUGCAGUACAGUUGAGCUGGUUUGUUUUAUUGAGCCAUACAGGGAAGUUUUCUUUGAGCUCUUUAGACUGUGCAAGAUUGCUGUAACCCUUCCUGUAAGCUCAGCCUCUUGCGAACGCAGUUUCUCCACACUGAAACUGAUAAAAACCUUCCUGCGGUCCACCACUAGUGAUGAGAGACUCAGUGAUCUUGGUGUCCUGAGCAGAGAGUCCAGAAGGGCCAAGGCUCUGGAUCUUGAUGUAUUUGUGGACCGUUUUGCCAGACAGCACAACCGCCGUAUCCUGUUGCUGUAGUGUAUCUAUAUGAUAUAUACGCUAGUAGCGUAUGAGUGCCGCUGUGAGGAAAAAGAGAUAUAAUGAACAAUAAAACAACAAGCUU